AUGACAAACAUCCGAAAAUCUCACCCCUUAAUAAAAAUUAUCAACGAUGCAUUCGUUGACCUCCCAGCUCCAUCAAACAUCUCAUCGUGAUGAAACUUCGGCUCCCUACUUGGCGUCUGCCUAAUCCUACAAAUUCUAACAGGCCUAUUCCUGGCCAUACACUACACACCAGAUACACUCACCGCAUUCUCAUCGGUAACCCACAUCUGCCGUGAUGUAAACUACGGGUGAGUCAUCCGCUACAUACACGCAAACGGCGCAUCCAUCUUCUUCAUCUGCCUCUUUACUCACGUAGGACGCGGCCUAUACUAUGGCUCCCACACAUUCCUAGAAACCUGAAACAUCGGAGUUAUCUUACUACUCACAACCAUAGCUACCGCGUUUAUAGGCUACGUACUGCCAUGAGGACAAAUGUCAUUCUGAGGGGCAACAGUCAUUACCAACUUACUGUCAGCUAUCCCCUAUAUUGGAACAGACCUAGUAGAAUGAAUCUGAGGAGGCUUUUCCGUAGACAAAGCCACCCUUACACGAUUCUUUGCCUUCCACUUUAUUCUUCCAUUCGUUAUCACAGCACUAGCCAUCGUCCAUCUACUAUUCCUCCAUGAAACAGGAUCCAACAACCCAACAGGAAUCCCCUCAAACGCAGACAAAAUCCCAUUCCACCCCUAUUACACAAUCAAGGACAUCCUAGGUAUUCUACUCCUAAUAACAACACUACUCACACUAACCUUAUUUGCCCCAGACCUCCUAGGGGACCCAGACAACUACACCCCCGCAAAUCCCCUUAGCACACCACCACACAUUAAACCAGAAUGAUAUUUCCUGUUCGCGUACGCGAUUCUCCGAUCAAUCCCCAACAAACUAGGAGGCGUCCUAGCCCUAGCUCUCUCAAUCCUAAUCCUGGCCCUAAUCCCAAUACUACACACAUCCAAACAACGAAGCCUAAUAUUUCGACCCCUCAGCCAAUGCCUGUUUUGAGCACUAAUCGCCGACCUACUAACACUCACAUGAAUUGGAGGACAACCCGUCGAACACCCCUUCAUCAUCAUCGGACAAGUCGCCUCAAUCCUAUAUUUCCUCUUAAUCUUAGUACUAAUGCCCGUAGCAGGCAUUAUCGAAAACAAACUCCUAAAAUGAAGA